AUGCGUUUCCUAUCCACCGCUAUACUCCUUCUUGCAACAUCCUUCGUCUCUGCGAGCGAAGAUCCCCUAGAUGGGUGCUACGAUGCGCCAACUCCAACCCCCCAGUAUGGGCUCCCCACUCCCAAGCCAACCGGAGGCUCUACCUCAACUAUAUCCAAAGAUUCCAUGAUCGAAGCCUUGAAGAAUAUCGCUCCCGGCUCUGCUACGGAACCAUGCGUUUCUGCACCAAAGGCAGAAGGGCAAUGUCGAAGCGCUUCUCAAGCCGCAGAGCCCCUCAUCCACUCUUUUGAGAAAUACAAGAUCACCUCCAAGCCUGAGAUGGCUGCUAUUCUGAGCCUUAUCGCCUUGGAGUCGGGAGAGUUCAAGUAUCAGAAGAAUGUAUUCCCCGGCAGACCGGGACAAGGCACUCGGAACAUGCAAAUGCCCCAAUUUAAUGCCCUCUAUGCCAAGUCAAUAUCGGAGUUGCGUGGGAAGAUCGGCCCAAAGUUGAUGAAUGUCGAUGCGGUUUUGGAUCUCCUGCUUUCCAACGACGACUAUGACUUUGGCUCCGCAGCAUGGUUCCUGACGAGCCAAUGUACACCCGCUGUUAGGACGGCGUUGCAGUCUGGGUCAGAGGAGGGCUGGUCUAAGUACCUGACCGAGUGCAUUGGGACAAGCGUCACAGAUGAGCGAAAGAAAUACUGGACAAAGGCAAUGGAGAGUGUUAAGAAGUUGUAG